UCAAUGGCUUCCAACUCGAUGAAUUUCUUCACAACUCUGCUCCUUCUCACCACCUGCCUCUCCUAUGUUGCUUCUUUUGAGUUUCAAGUGGGUGACACCAAAGGCUGGGUGGUUCCGCCGGCCAACGACACCAGAAUCUACAACGACUGGGCCUCAGAAAACAGAUUCCGAGCUGAAGACUCCGUCCGUUUCCGGUACAAGAAGGACUCGGUGAUGGAAGUGACAGAAGAAGAGUACAAGAGAUGCAACUCCACACAGCCGAGCUUCUUCUCCAACACCGGCAACACUGUGUUCCAUUUCGGCCGAUCGGGAACCUUCUACUUCAUCAGCGGCGCCAAUGGACACUGCGAGAGGGGACAGAGAAUGAUCGUGAAGGUGAUGGCCCAAGAUGAAGCUUCCUCCACCUCCUCUAAUUCCGAGAAAUCCUCUGCUGCUAGGAUUCGAACUUCGUCACUAGGGUCUCUGAAAUUCGUAUUCACUCCAUUAGCUGUGUGGGGUUUUGCUUCAAUCCUGUUGUAGUUUGGGAUUUGUCGGAUCGAUGGCUUCUUGUUUCUUCAUCAUCUUGAAGAUUUCGUGUUAUUUGUGAUAGAAUGCGUUUGUUUUGAUUAUGGAUUAUCGUUGAAAUUUCAUACUGAUUUCUUCUUAUA